AUGAUCGUGGGAACCAAGGGUCCUAAGGGAAAGCCGAAAAUGGCUUCUGAAAAGGAGCGGUUUCUGCAGUGCUGCGGAGACAUCUCGCUGGAGCUUGUUUCGUCGCUGAGCAACUCCAAGGACAUCAAUCUGAACGGCCUGAUCAUCAGAUACUCCAAAAAGUACAAGCUCAAGCAGCAGCCCCGGCUGACAGACAUCAUCUCGUCGAUUCCCGACCAGUACAAAAAGUACCUGCUGCCAAAGCUAAAAGCCAAGCCCGUCAGAACGGCGUCUGGUGUGGCCGUGGUGGCCGUGAUGUGCAAGCCCCACAGAUGCCCCCAUAUCGCAUACACGGGCAAUAUCUGUGUGUACUGUCCAGGAGGACCGGACUCGGACUUCGAGUACUCGACACAGUCGUAUACCGGGUACGAGCCCACGUCCAUGCGGGCCAUCAGGGCCAGAUAUGACCCGUACGAGCAGGCGAGGGGCAGAAUCGAGCAGCUGAAGCAGAUCGGCCAUUCCAUCGACAAGGUCGAGUACAUUAUUAUGGGAGGAACGUUCAUGUCGCUUCCAAAGGACUACAGAGAGGAUUUCAUCGUUCAGCUGCACAAUGCGCUGACAGGCUACAACGGAACAGAUAUAGACGAGGCGAUCCGGUUUUCGCAGGAAUCCGAGACAAAAUGUGUCGGUAUCACCAUCGAAACGCGUCCCGACUACUGCACAGAGACGCAUCUGGACGAUAUGUUGAAAUACGGCUGUACGAGACUCGAAAUCGGUGUCCAGUCCGUGUACGAGGACGUGGCCAGAGACACCAACAGAGGCCACACCGUCAAGGCUGUGUGCGAGACGUUCUGCUACGCCAAAGACGCUGGCUACAAGGUUGUGUCGCACAUGAUGCCAGACCUGCCGAACGUGGGGAUGGAGCGCGAUCUGGAGCAGUUCAAAGAGUAUUUUGAGAACCCAGACUUCAGAACCGACGGACUCAAACUGUACCCGACUUUGGUGAUCAGAGGCACAGGACUAUAUGAGCUGUGGAAAAAGGGACUCUACAAGUCGUACAACGCCAACAUGCUGAUCGACUUGGUGGCCCGGAUCAUGGCGUUGGUGCCUCCGUGGACUAGAAUCUAUAGAGUCCAGAGAGACAUUCCGAUGCCGCUGGUGACGUCUGGAGUGGACAACGGCAAUCUGCGGGAGCUUGCGCUGGCCAGAAUGAAGGAUUUCGGCACCAUGUGUCGCGACGUGCGGACCAGAGAGGCGGGAAUCCAGGAGGUGCACCACAAGGUGCAGCCGGACCAGGUGGAGCUGAUCCGACGCGACUACUACGCCAACGGCGGCUGGGAGACGUUUUUGUCGUACGAGGACCCGAAACAGGACAUUCUGAUUGGUCUCCUGCGUCUGCGAAAGGCCUCGAAGAAGUACACGUACAGAAAAGAGUUCCGAGGCCAGCAGACGUCGAUUGUGCGGGAGCUGCACGUUUACGGCUCUGUGGUGCCGUUGCACUCACGAGACCCGCGAAAAUUCCAGCACCAGGGAUUUGGCACGCUGCUGAUGGAGGAGGCCGAGCGUAUAGCGCGCGAGGAGCACGGCUCGGCCAAGAUCAGCGUGAUCUCGGGCGUGGGCGUGAGAAAUUACUACAAGCGGCUCGGCUACGAGUUGGACGGACCGUAUAUGUCGAAGAGUCUUGACUGA